GGUGACCCCUCCGCAGGCGACACCGUACGCUCACCUUUCUUCGCUGUCCACCACGACGACCAGCGCACUCGCGCAAGUCCGGGUUCUUUCACAGGGCUCCCGACGGCCUUGAUCUGAACUCACCGGUCCCUGCGCGUGCAGGGCGUACUUUCCUUCAGACGUCGCUCUUUACAGCUCACCGCAAUCCUGUCAUUUCGCACACGCACCCAUGCACAUCUCCAAGCCUGUCCAUCGCGCAAGGAUGCGCCGCGCCGCGGAAUCGGACACCACCAACACCGGUAGUAUAUCCAUCGGCGGCUCGGUCUUGAUAAGUAGCGUCGCCACCCUGCAGAGCACCCUCGCUCUCGACACCGCCGAUGGUUCUAUUCCGACUGUCACGUAUCAAUUUGCCACAAGCGGAACGCCCACAAUCACCUCAACAGUGUCGGUCGCCCGCUCGACCUCGUCCUCCUCGUCUUCGGCUUCCACCAGCCCCACCGUCUCCGCCUCUGCGGUCUCUGACGAGUCUAUCCCUGUCGGAGCCGUUAUCGGCGCAUGCGUCGGUGCGUUCGCCGGGCUCGCGUUCCUCGUGCUCGUGUUCUACCUCUGCGUCAAGCGCUCCAUCCGCCGCCGCGCGGCUAAGAAUGGCGAGAAAUGGAACAAGCUAAGCGAAGGUGCGGACGGCUCCACGCACUCGGCCGGUGAGGACAGCACGCGCGAUCCCGACGAGAAGAACCUGCGUGGCAUGUUUAAAAAACCGGCGCCGAGCAUCCGCACGGCGCGCACCAAGCUGUCCGAUGAGGACGUCGGUGGGUUUGGUCUUCCGCCCCUCGAGUUCGACAAGUACCGGCCGGGCCUUGCGCAGGAGCUCGCACUCCACUCGCCCGCACGCCCGUUUGCCGGCCAGGUUGCGCAGCGCGGAGAAAGCGGCUCGUCAUGGGACGGCUCGACGGCGCGCGAGGACUCAUUCCUGUCGAUGCGAUCUGUGCGCGUCGACUCCCCGAGCCUGAUACGGGCCAAGUCGCAGUCGGCACAGUCAUCUUUCUCGCCGAUGCAUCAGUGGGAGUCGGCAGAGGUGCUCACGAUGGACGAGGAGGAGGUGACGGGCCCCGAGGAGGUGCGGGACACGAAUCCGUUCACGGACGCGUCAGAGCAGCGGCGCAGCGUCGCAAAUCCGUUCUUCAAGGGCCAGGACUUCCGCGCCGAGGCAGCGUCAGUACUGAGCCGGAGCAACAGCAGCGCGACCGUGAUGAAUCAGCGGCAGAGCGAGCGCAUGUCGAAUCCGUUCGCGGACAUCCAGGAGGUGCCGGUUUACCGCGUGACGCCGCCCGCUGCAGUGCACCUCCACUCGGAGUCGGUCGCCAGCGGCUCGAGCGGGGGUAUGUUCGGUGAGCACGCGCUCAAGCAGCUGAUUGCUGCGCUCGACCUGUCGCAGGAGGAAGUGGAGGAACGCCUCCGUGCGGUGUCUAUGCAUGAGGGGGAGCUCGUUGAAGAGCCUAACUCAGCAGAGCCAGAUUCGGCGAUUGUGGGGGAGUUCCCGAUGCCCCCGCAGAAGGUAUAUACUGCGCCGUAG